CACUGGAGGAAACUGUUUCUAAACCUUGCAGCUCAGCUACUACCUUCUCCCAGGGCUUGCAAGCCAUGAAGCUUUUUUUCUUGUUUCUAGCCAUUAUUCUGGCCAUGGAACCAGUGAUGCCAGGAAAACAUCCUCUUCGAUGCAUGGGCAACAGUGGCAUCUGUAGAACCUCUUGCAAAAAGAAUGAGCAGCCCUACUACCACUGCAGAAAUUAUCAACCGUGCUGUCUCCAGUCCUACAUGAGGAUAAGCAUUACUGGCGCAGAGGCAAAUGAUGGCUGGUCCUAUGGGAACCACUGGCCCCAAAUACCUUGAGUCCUGGCCACCAGAAUCCUCAAACUUUCUGGGAACCUAGAUCUGCUGUUAGCCUCCUUCAUUAAAA